CUUUCUUCACAUCGUUUUUGUCUUCACACACCACUGCUGCUGUCUACAGCGCGCUGGUAUCUCAUGCGCCUGUCAUGAACUGAGCUGGGUUUGUUAUGAAGUGGAUGCAUUUUGAGUUUGGUGGAGCAGUUAUUUAUUAAUCCAUGUGACCGAACUUGUGAAACUUCAUUAAAGAGCGAAAAACAGAUCAACAACAGCAUGAAUGAGCCCGAGGGACUGCGCUUCAGAAGGUUAAACAGACCUCAAAUUAUCACAGACGAAGCCCAUGAACCCCAGCAAAAAAACACAAGCACGUACAGUGGGAAGGUGUUUCGUGUGACAUUGCUCACACUGGUGGCCUUCCUGUUCUUACCGUUGCUCGUGGUGGUUUUCCUGCUAGAGUCUCCCAUUGAUCCAGAGGCAUUCAGUCUGAAUGAACCUCCUCUUAUGACCGGCUGUUACGAGCCCAACCUGAAACUGAGACAAGCAGAGCGACUGUUUGAGGAUCGACUUAUCGGCCCAGAAUCCAUUGCUAACAUCGGAGAUGUUUUGUACGCUGGCACUGCUGAUGGAAAGAUUGUGAAAAUCGAGGGCCAGAAAUUUCAUGUGCUAACAACACUUGGCAAGCCACCAUGUGGUUCUCCUGAACAUGAGCACAUCUGUGGACGUCCCUUGGGAAUUCGCGUUGGACCCAAUGGCACCUUGUUUGUGGCUGAUGCUUAUUUAGGAUUGUUUGAAGUCAAUCCUGUCACAGGUGAGGCAAAAUCUCUGGUGAGCACAGGGACGUUGAUCGGAGGCCGGCGUCUGGCCUUUGUAAAUGAUCUGGACGUUACGCAGGAUGGGAGGAAGGUGUACUUCACAGACUCCAGCAGCAAAUGGCACCGCAGAGACUUCAUGUACCUGAUCAUGGAAGCCACAGCAGACGGACGUGUGUUGGAGUAUGAUACAGAGACAAAAGAAGUUACAGUAAUGAUGGAGAACCUGCGCUUCCCCAACGGCAUCCAGCUGUUUCCUGAUGAGGAAUCGGUUCUGGUGGCUGAAACCACCAUGGCAAGAAUAAAAAGAGUCCAUGUGUCUGGUCUCAAUAAAGGGGGCAUGGAUACAUUUAUCGAGAACCUGCCAGGAUUUCCUGACAACAUCCGACGCAGUUCUUCAGGUGGCUAUUGGGUGGCCAUGUCUGCUGUUCGACCCAACCCAGGCUUCUCCAUGCUUGACUUUCUAUCUCAGAGACCCUGGAUAAAAAAACUUGUAUUUAAGCUUUUUAGUCAAGCCACGCUGUUGAAGUUUGUGCCGCGCUACAGUCUAGUUGUGGAGCUGCAGGACAGCGGCACGUGCGUGCGGAGCUUUCACGACCCGCACGGCAUGGUGGCCGCUUACAUCAGCGAAGCCCACGAACACAACGGUCACCUGUACCUGGGUUCCUUCCGCUCACCUUAUCUGUGCAAACUGGAUCUGAGCAAAGUGUGAAAGGAGCCGACACAAAACAAGACAGAAUCAUUUACUCGAGUCAUCCUGACUUCUAAACCGAUUUUGAAGCAAAUAACAUUGACGACGCUUUAACGGCAGGAUUUGUUAACUUCUUCCAUACUACAUUCAACAAAUGAACAAACCACUGUGUUUUUUUUAUUUAGCUCUAAAAUAUGUUUAAAUCCUCAUUCUGAUUUGUUUUUGUGUUAGCUAUUAUAAGCUGUGUGGCUGGCUGGUUUUUAAUCAAAAGAUGUGCCAUUACUGUUUUUGUUUUCCACUUAUGUGAAGUAUGACGUUUCUGUACUUGUUUUAUUUGUACACUAUAAUCUGGCACUUAAAACAGAGCUGCUAAAUUUUUUUAAGAGCGGUGAUACAAAAAUGAGAUUCGAGAGACUCUUAAUACCUUCUGUGCAUGACUGUAUAUAGAGAUGGGGAACUGAAAGAGUGCUUAUUAUAAAAUGAAUCUACUCCAGCAUUAUAUAAGACCCGCGUGAAUGAUUUAACCGAUUCCUCUUUUUAUUUUUAUGUGUUGUCAUUAUUUAACACAUGAUUUGUUUAUGUUGCUACAGGAGAAUUGCAUAACUGGAAGCUGAUUGAUGCUGAUGAUUUGGUAUUUACAGGGUUCCCACGGGUCAGGGAAUUUUUUUGUUUAUCCAAGUAAUGGAAUAUCAUGUGUUUUUGUUUCUUGCUUUAAAUUUUAGUUUCCAUUUAUGAAAAUGUAAUCUGCUUGUUAACUUGUGAUGUAAGGAAUACUAUCUCCGGUUCCAACUACAAUUUAAACCGCUGAUUAUUGGCACCAUUUAUUCAUUUCAUGCAUUUAAGCUUCAUUUUUAUGAAGUCUCUACAUUAUCCAGGCUCAGGGCAUCCCAGACAUAGAUUAUGGAAAUUCAACUUUCAAGUCAGUGAAAGUCGGGGAAUUUUACAUUUGACUUUGAGUCGGAACCCUGUAUUAAACACAACGCUGAAGUCUCAUUAUUUUGUAUGAAGUAAGAAUUGGCAACAGUAAUGUUUGAGAUCCAGAACAUCUUCUGCUUGAGUUAUAAACAAUGCUGUAUCUCAGUAUGCAUAACAAAUAGGCUUCCACGCUUUUAAUUAUCUUCGGUGGUUGACAUCAAGGUCAGCACAUUUAUUCCAACUGUGCGACAACUUCAGUGACGGUCCAGCAAUUAUUGUUCGAUCUCAGACUAAUCUUGUUCAAAAUAAAACAUGGAUACUUAUUAAAAAUGCGUUCCUGUAUAGCUCAGUGGCUAAUUUGGGGUCCGGUCCCCCUUAGGGGGGGCGUGGUAUCCGAUAUGUUUUGAGCUCAAAUAAAUAUGCCUAAAAUGUUCCACUUA